AAUUGCAUUUACUUCAAUAAGUUAAUGUAAGGAGUCACAGAACAAUACUUUAAAGAUUAAGGAUUAAAAUGAACACAAAUAAAAUGUUUGAGACGUAGGAGAGAUUACCGAAAUCAAAUCUCAAGUCUCAACCCAUAAACUGCAUCUUGCUUGUUUCCAGCGGGUGCAAAAAAUUUUUUGAAAAGUGAAAACUUCCAAAAAACUUGGCGCCCAAACCCAUAAAAAGAUAAAAUUGAAGCAAAAAAUUUAGUUACUGACCAAAACUAGAAAAACAGACCUCGAUUUUUCAAAAAUGGAGAUCAAAUUCUAAAAAUCGAAGCAGAAAAAAGAAAAGAUAUAAGCAGCGGUUGAAGAAGUGAAGAACAAGAAAAAGGAAAUGAAUUCAAAGCAAACUCCGACAAGGGUCUUCGGGCAGUACACUAUUGCUUCAACCUUCCUCUCACGCUCUUCCAAUUUCUCUGAGGAAUUAAAAGAGGAUUCGCGUAACAAAGAUUCGAAGAAGUUUACGUCAUUAUCAGAUUUCCUGAACCGAAAGCUUCCCAGAAGUUCUGGAAUUCCCAAAACCGUACAGGAGAAAUCAAGGCCUUUCUCAUCGCUAUUGCUUCGGAAAGAAGGGGACUCUGUUAAUAAGCAGAAUGAGAGCAAGAAAGAAGAGGAAACAGAGAAAAAAGAUGUUAUUGACAAAGUUGUUUUUGAGCAGUUUAAGCAAGAUAGCACUGAGAAAGUAGAUUGUAUGGUAAGUUCAGGUGGUGUUGGUGAAGAAGAAGAAAAAGAAGAAACUUCAAGAAAAAGACAGAAUCCAUUUGAAGGUUUAGUUGAAGAGCACAGAACACGAAGGCCUUUUCUAGUUUUGGGAGAUGAUCCACCAAAACCAAAGAAAAGAGGAAGAAGGGAGUGUUCUCUAAGCAACAAGAAACCAAAACCCCAUUAUAAUCACUAUGCAAAUGGUUGUGGCUGGUGGGACUGUGACAUGGAAGGUGUUGACAGUGAGGAAGUAGGCUCUGGUGAAGUAUGGGAAGGGGUGGGCUCUACAACAUUUGGAGGAAUAGUAGACUGGCAUUAAUUUUGAUCAGUGUUGCAGUAUGUUUAAAACUUAAGUGAUCAAUUGCCAAGAGAUGUUCAUCAAGAGUUUUUGGGUAAUGAUGAAUGGUAUCUCAAUCUCUCCUCUGUUUUGUAUCAAUAUACUAUGAUUUCUCUAGAUGCAGAAGUUCAUAUUUGAGUUUU